GUGUCUUGGCCGGAAGCAACAUGAUCUUCCUCGAGAACGAGAGCAAGAUUGUGCAGGAAGUCCUGCAAGGCCGUCUCGGAGAGACGGCCCCUCGCCCCGUCGAGCCUCUGGAGAUCCGCCUUUGCGACUUUGACGAUGUCCAAUAUGACCUCUCGAUCCAAGAGAACACGCUGUCCGUGUCCAUGUCGUACCCGCCUGUUGUGGAGCUCGUCAAGUUUGGCGCAGCCAACAUGCUGGCCAACGUCUACCCCGAGUUUACGCUGACGGCGCCGAAGCCUGGCUUUGACAUGACCAUGGUGGCCAACGUCGAUGCGAUCACGCCCGAGAAUGCCACCAACGUCAUUGAUCGCAUCGCGCUCCUAAAGCGCAACCUCCUAAGCGCCCCCUUUGACCACUGCUUCCUCGCACUCCACGCCGAUGCGAGUAGCUCUCUGAGCCCGAUCCAAAUCCCGUUCCGUCGCCAAGAAACGAUCUACGUGUUGCCGCAAGCCGACCGCAUUGUCAUCGUCUUCUCGGUCGCGUUCCAGGACAAGACGGACCAAGCGAUCGCGCGCAUCUUUCUCCAGGAGUUUGCCGAGGCGCGUCGUCACGUCAACAAUGCGCCGCCAGUAAGCUUUGGGAAGGACCCGCCGCUCGAGCUCCGCGGCGUGCCCAACCUGCGCCAGUCGACGGACCACGUGGGCUACCUCAGCUUUGCCAUCUUCAAGACACAUAUCGACUCGGAUGCGAAGCGCGCCAAGGCCUGCACGUUAGUCCAAGGCUUCCGCAACUACUUGCAUUACCACAUCAAGGCCUCCAAGACGUAUAUGCACAUUCGCAUGCGCAAGCGCGUCGACUUGCUUCUUCAAGUUCUCAACCGCGCGCAGCCCGCGAAGGACCCGUCCAAGGCCACGAAGAAGACCAUUACGGGCAAGACAUUUGAUCGCAAGGUGUAAGCUGCUCCCGUGCCACGGUGUUGUACCUACCUGCAGCGUCGUACAAGAAGGAUGUAAUGCAGUCGCAUGUCGUCG